GUCUCAGUGUUUGUUCAAGCGGCAAUGCUACCUCCUGUGAAGAAUGCUUGCUCGUUCAUCCCAAGUGUGCUUGGUGCUUUAAAGAGGAAUUUGGCAACAAAAAAUCCAUCACUUCAAGGUGUGACUUCAUUGAGCAUCUCAUCGCCAAUGGUUGUGCAGGGCAUUUUGAGAGUAAAAAAAGCAGUGUUAAUAUAGUAAAAAACCUUCCACUGAGCAGUAAGAGCUCUAGUGGUUCUAAUCCAGAUGUGAUCCAAAUAAUGCCUCAAAAGAUCUCUCUGAAUCUGCAGCCUGGUGACCCAGCCUCUUUCCAUGUGCAGGUUCGACAGGUAGAGGAUUAUCCCGUGGAUUUGUAUUAUUUGAUGGAUCUCUCCCUCUCCAUGAAGGAUGAUCUGGACACCAUUCGGAACUUGGGAACUAAGCUGGCUGAAGAAAUGGGAAAGCUCACCAGCAAUUUCCGGCUUGGUUUCGGCUCUUUUGUAGACAAGAACAUUUCUCCCUUCUCCUACACCGCCCCAAGAUACCAGAAUAACCCCUGUACUGGAUAUAAGUUAUUCCCAAAUUGUGUCCCAUCCUUUGGGUUCCGCCAUCUUUUAUCCCUCACUGAUGAAAUUGAUAGAUUCAAUGAAGAAGUUCAGAAACAGAAGGUUUCCCGCAACAGAGAUGCUCCAGAGGGUGGCUUAGAUGCAAUCUUGCAAGCUGCUGUGUGUGAAAAAGAAAUUGGGUGGCGGAAGGAGGCUUCACAUUUGCUGGUCUUCACUACUGAUGAUGUCCCACACAUUGCGCUGGAUGGAAAGCUGGGCGGUUUGGUGCAGCCACAUGAUGGGCUGUGUCACCUGAAUGAGGCCAACGAAUACACAGCGUCCAAUCAGCUGGAUUAUCCGUCACUUGCACUUCUUGGAGAAAAAUUAGCUGAAAACAACAUUCAUGUCAUUUUUGCAGUGACCAAAAAUCACUAUAUGCUUUACAAGAAUCUCACGGCCCUAAUUCCUGGAACAACGGUCGAGAUUUUGUAUCAAGACUCCCGAAAUAUUAUCCAGCUUAUAGUCAAGGCCUACAAUAGUAUUAGAUCAAAAGUAGAGUUAACUGUCCGGGAUAGUCCUAAUGACAUUAACUUGGCUUUCACAGCCACAUGUCAAGAUGGUUCAUCAUAUCCUGGAGCCAGGAAGUGUGGAGAUCUUCAAAUAGGAGACACGGUGUCCUUUGAGAUAGCAGUAGAGGCUUGGACAUGCCCAGCUGAGAACAUCUCACACACCUUCACUAUCAAACCAGAUUGGUUUCGGGACACUGUAGAGGUGACCGUUUCUUACAACUGCACAUGUGGAUGUACCAAACAGACAGAGCACAACAGCAGUAAAUGUAGUGGAAAUGGCACCCAUGUGUGUGGAUUAUGUGAUUGUAACCCAGGCCAUGUAGGAGCCAAGUGUGAAUGCGAGGAAGGAGACAGUGGGGCCAUGUACCACAACAUGUGCCGAGAAGCUGAAGGGAAACGUAUCUGCAGUGGCCGUGGGGAGUGCUCCUGCCACCGCUGUGUGUGCUACAAAAGUGAAUUUGGCAGGAUCUACGGGUUCUUUUGUGAGUGUGAUGACUUCUCCUGUCCAAGAUAUAAGGGCUUUCUCUGCUCAGGUCACGGAGAAUGUCACUGCGGGGAAUGUAAGUGCCAUCCUGGCUAUAUUGGGGACAACUGCAACUGCUCAACGGACACAGGCCGGUGUCUUUCUAACGAUGGCCAAAUGUGCAGUGGCCGAGGCAACUGCAUCUGUGGGAAAUGCCAGUGCACUGAACCUGGAGCUUUUGGGGAGACUUGUGAGAAGUGUCCCACCUGCCCGGGUGUUUGCAGUACUAAAAGGGACUGCAUUGAGUGUAUCCUGUUCAACUCAGGAAGGCUGGCUGAUAACCAAACCUGCCAAAAACACUGCCGGGAUGAAAUUAUAACACGAGUAGAUUUUCUUAAAACCGAUGACCCUAAUUCAAUCUUAUGUGCUUAUCCGGUGAAGGAUUGUGUAAUGAAAUUCACAUACUCAGAACUCACCAAUGGAAAGACAAAUAUCAGUGUUCUCAAGGAACCAGGUAUUUAUUUAUCUGCUUGCUUUUUCUUAUUGAU